AUGUCUUGCAUGCUUAAUCUUGCCGAUUCCUCACUCCUCUCCAAGGCUUUGCAGGACUCACACAAGAGGCCUAUUAUGAACAGUAUUAUUCCAGCCCAGUUCACAUCAGGAAUAUGUAAAGUAAACGAGAACUGUUCUUUCAACAAAGGGUUUAGGCAACAAAGAAUUUCAAUAUAUAGGAAAAAAGCUUCCAUCAUAAAAGCUGUGGCAAUUCCAGCUGCACCAUCUCCUGCUGAAAGCACCGGUGAAUACCGAAAACAAAUAUGCGAACGAUAUGGUUUUAAGAAAAUUGGAGAACCUCUUCCUGAUAAUGUGACUUUGAAGGAUGUCAUCAAUUCCCUUCCGAAGAAGGUGUUUGAAAUAGAUGAAAUGAAAGCAUGGAGAAAAGUUUUGAUAUCAGUGACGUCUUAUGCAUUGGGGAUAUUUUUGAUUUCGAAAGCGCCUUGGUAUCUGCUUCCUCUCGCUUGGGCGUUUACAGGGACUGCAGCAACAGGGCUUUUUGUUAUAGGGCAUGAUUGUGCUCACAAAGCAUUUUCAAAGAAUAAAUUGGUAGAAGAUAUUGUUGGAACUUUGGUCCUUUUACCGCUAAUUUAUCCAUAUGAAUCAUGGCGAUUUAAGCAUGACAGACAUCAUGCUAAAACAAACAUGUUGCAUGAAGAUACCGCAUGGCACCCUGUUUGGAAAGAAGAUUUUGAUUCAAAUCUGCUUUUGCGGAAAGCGUUAGUAUAUGGAUACGGUCCAUUGCGUCCUUGGAUGUCUAUAGCUCACUGGCUUCUUUGGCAUUUUGAUUUGAAAAAGUUCAGACCAAAUGAAGCAAAGAGGGUGAAGAUAAGUAUAGCUGCUGUUUUUGCUUUUAUAGCAGUUGGAUGGCCUUUGAUUAUUUACACCACGGGAAUCACAGGAUGGCUUAAAUACUGGUUCAUGCCAUGGCUCGGUUAUCACUUCUGGAUGAGUACUUUCACUGUGGUACAUCACACGGCACCACACAUACCAUUCAAAUACUAUCAAGACUGGAAUGCUGCACAAGCACAGCUUAAUGGAACUGUUCAUUGUGAUUAUCCUAAAUGGGUUGAGAUCCUCUGCCAUGAUAUCAAUGUCCAUAUUCCUCAUCAUAUAUCCCCAAAGAUACCAAGCUAUAACUUACGUGCAGCCCACAAAUCUCUACAAGAAAAUUGGGGAAAGUAUCUGAACGAGGCUAGUUGGAAUUGGCGAUUGAUGAAGACAAUCAUGACUGAAUGUCAUGUGUAUGAUAAGGAUCGAAAUUAUGUUGCAUUUGAUGAACUUGACCCUAAGGAAUCACGUCCAAUCACACUGUUGAGGAAGACCAUGCCUGAAUAUGUUUGAUUGUGUCCAAGUUUGUCCUUUUUACUACUUCAUUUUUUGUUUGAAUGUACACGGUUAAGGGAUAGUUAAUUUUGCCAUUAUA